UUUAGCAUCUUCUCUUGCAUCCAUUUUCUUUCCCUGUCUCUACCCUUUUUCCUUUUCAUCACAUAAAAUAAGUUUUUCUUUCAAGUUUGAUCCUCAAACACCUAGGGAAUUGUUCCAUAUUUUUCUAGCCCUUUUUUAUAUAAUACUCAACAUAUCAUCAAUAUUGUUUUAUUCCCAUGUUGGUCUUUUUCUUCAUCAUUUUUAGUUUCCCUCUAAGUUGUUCCUCUUGCCUGUUCUAUUAACCUGGUUCUAUUUUCUCUUUUUGUUUUUUACCUACAACUUGAUUCCCUUCAACUAUGUUUACCAUAUCAUCCACAGCCAACAACAGCAUCCAUCAGUUUCAUAGUUUCAACUCUGAGAACAAGAACAACAAUCACUUCUAUGAUCCCACUUUCUCUCCAUACUUGAGUGGCAAUGAAGGGACCGUUGUAGGAAGGCUUGGUGAACCAAGCCAAAAUCUCAGUCCCUUCAACAGCAAAAACAGAAAGUCCCCUCUUCAAAAGCUAGAAAAGAAAGAAGAGAAUGGAGAAAUUGGAGUAUUUGGGGCCGAAAAGUACUUCAAUGAAGGAGAAGUACUUGAAACUCCAAGAUCUUCCAGCAUAGCCACUCCAAAGUACCUGCACCAGAGAGAUGAACAAAUGACUCUAGCAACUAGAAAGCACACACUUCAGUAUGGAACUCCAAGCAUUCGCUCUGAAUCAACUUCCAACAGCCAAAGUGCACUACUGAAGAGUGGGAUGAGGAAUCCUUCAAGGGACAGAAAAGACAACAAGGGUCAAGCCAAGAGUGUUCUAGCUGGUCUUGGAUUCAAAUGCUCUUGUUCUGAUAAAGAUUCUGUGGAUGCAGGUGAAAUCAGUUUUAGAAAAACUGCUACUUAUGGUGCAAUUCAUGGCAAAACAACAAGAAGAAAGCUGGUGGAUAUUGCCGCUCUAGAUGCUAGUCAUUCAAUUAAAAUAAGUAAGCCUAACGCAGAACUCUUGAAAAUCAACAAUGUUUACUUCCAAAAGCAAGAGAGCUUUGGGGUGGGGUUGAACAGCCAAAAGAGCAGUUUGGCCUUCUCACCCUUGAGUUCUACCUCAGGAAGCCAAAACCAUCUUGUCAAAAUGCAACUUCAACUAGAAGAAGAAGAGAAACCAAGGAAAUCAUUGGAGGUGUUUGGCUCCCCAUUAUUGAACAAGAAGAUCAAGUCCUUGAGCUUUGAUAGAAGGUUGGUUAAGCCCUCAAGAGAUGGUACUCCUAGAAUGGAGGAAAUUGAUUCAAACUCAAACUACAACAUCAAUGAUGCUGCUAGUGAUGCAAGCUCAGACUUGUUUGAGAUUGAAAGCAUCAAAAGCAAAACCAACCCUUUCCUUGCAAGGCAAACAUCAGAUGCUGCUUCCACCUUUGCCAGCCCCGCAAAUGGUUAUGCACCAAGUGAGGCAAGCAUAGAGUGGAGUGUGGCUACUGCCAGUGCUGCAGUCAUGUCAGAUUGUGACGAACAAAUGUCUGAGGUAACCAUAAGGAGUCCAAUAAGGACAUCAUAUACUCCUUCAAAUGGGAAACCAAAAUCCACCAGAGAGGUUCAUAGAAGACGCCCUAGCAUGUUGUUGGGUUGCAAGAGCCACAAAUCUGUAAGAGUUGCUGGUGAUGCCUUCAUAACAUAUGAGAAUCCAAGUUCCACACCAAAAGUUCGUAGCAGGACUAGUUCCUCUCAGGUGGCAAGGUUUCCUUCAGAGACAAAACUGGGAGAUUUUGGUGCAAAACAUGGACAACAACAACAACAUCAUCAUGCUUAUGCCACACCACCACUGCAGCACUCUCACUCACCACAUGCUUCAAAACUACUAUACAUUUAGAAUUAGUUUGAUAUUUUUGUUUGUUCUUUUUUUUUUUGGUUUUGGACUUUGUUCAAUUAUUAUGAGUAUACGGAUGUGUGAGAAAGGAAAAGAGAGCAUCACAUGGGCUUUAAAUCCCCACGUCGAAAGUAAGGUUAAGGUGUCUCUUGUGUAGUACUACUACCAUAGUACCAUCCCUCUUAUCAAUCUUCCUGUAUUUUUCUGUUGGCUUUGAUAUCAUAUAUAUUUUUCCAUUCAGUAUAUUUGCUGAAUCUUGUUUAAAAA